UUGGACCCCAGGGACAGAACUCAACCGCAAUCUACAACGCAAUCGCAGGACAUCACAAUCAGCAUGCACAGCAUAGUCCAAUUGUACAAAAUGACACCCUCGUCGGCAAUGCACUGAAAACGAUGUACCCCACUGAUCAGAGUAUUAGCAGUUACGGUUCAAACCCAACGACACCAGUGAACUCACCUCCUCCACUAACAUCACAGCAGCAAGCGGCAGCAGCCGCCGCCGCAGCCGCAGCCCUCGCCCAACAGCAGUCUUCUGCGGCCGCGAGUAUACACGGCUCCGGAGCGACGGCCGGUUCGUCCAGCGGCGGUGCAGGUUCCUCAGCCACGACGUCCUCCGCGGCAGCUGCGGCAGCGGCAGCAGCAGCAGUAGCAGCGGCCGCUUCCGGUGGACCCUGGCAACAAAUCAACCCUGUGAUCAACAACGGCGCUGGACCGGCUGGAGCGGCAGGAUCCGCGGCUGCCGCGGUGGUAGCGGCCGCAGCUCUCAACGGUCUACCCAACGGUUCCUAUGCCCCCGAACUAGUGCACCGAGGCCUGCAGCACAUGGCAAACUCGCCGGAGAUUCCAACCGCUGGACGAUGCGAUUGUGUCGCUGCUCCGGGAACACUCGGAGAACGGAACGGUAAGGCACCCGCAAUGGAGGAACGCUUGGACGACGCCAUCAACAUCCUGCGGAAUCACUGCGAACCGCAGGUCGGUGUGUCGCUCUCUUCGAUCGAUGCCGGUUCGCCGUACGGUCCGGCCGGGCCUCGAUCAUUCCACCUGGCACUUCCGGCGGUGGUUCCUCCUCAUCACAGCUGCACGGCCAAGACUCGACCAGUGAUCUACCAGUGA